UUUUGGCGUUUUCAGUGGUUCUCGGAUCUUUGGAAAAAAGGUCACCAAAUCCUCGUUGGGGUCCAUUGAGGAAACAUCCAAAAAAACAUCAAGAUGAGCGGCUAUGGCCAUGGCAAAGCGAUGCCAAAGAGAAAGAAGAUGAUCGAUUUUGGCCAUGGAAUAGGGAUAGCAAAGAAGCAGACAAUCGACUUUGGCCAUGGCAAAGGGACGUUGAAGAAGCAGAUAAGCGAGUUUGGCCAUGGCAAGAUUCAAAUGACGGAAAUAAAGAUGAUCGACUUUGGCCUUGGCAAAGAGACGCUAAAAAAGAUACCGCAGGCGAGAAAACCGAAGACGACGAGUCCAGGGGUUCGACGUCAACAUCUUAAAGAGCAACGUGGCGUAGAACAACUGGGUGGAUUGAAGAGACAAACUAGAUGCAACUUUAGAAAACAGGAAACUAAAAAUGACUUUAAAAUGUUUAAUAAAGUUCAAAGAGGCGUUAAAACCUACACUGUCGUUCUACAUUGUCUAUUGACUUGUCCUCUGAUCAAUCUAAAAUUCGUCUGAAAAGUAGAUAGAGGAGUUCGAGGUCCCUAAGAACAUCUAAAAGCGUUACAAAAUUGUCGUGUUUUAUCGGAUCAUAAAAAGUUCCAAAUCGUUAAAUGAGGAAAAGAACACUUUUUCUUGUCAUUACUUAGGGUUCAUUAAUACCUAAUGCUCUCACGUAUCAAAGAAUUACAUCGCUUGUGACUUUCAAAGGUUGAUCAAUGACUCAAUAUCGAAGGAUGGAACGCACUCUAACACUUCGCAAUUGCACCCAAACUCUGAAGGCCCCGCUGGUACUCUGCGGCUUUUUCUCUCAUAUCCUGGCAUGCAUUCAACAUAGUCAAUGUACGUCAAACACAGUGGCUCGCACAAAAAUCCUUCGAAGUAUUCAGA